AUGGAGCAAAUAUUAGCCAAAAGAUUGGCCAACAUAGAGGCAAUGAUGAGACGUAUACUUGGAGUGUCAAUCCCAACCAAAAAGAGCCAACCUCACAGCUAUGCCGAUUCAUCCUUUGUGGAUGAAAUUGCGCUAGCCGAGAUGCCACACAAAUUCACCAUCCCUCGCAUGAAGCCUUACAAUGGCACAACCGACCUGGAUGACCACAUAGCCUCAUACAAACAGCAGAUGUUCGCCGCCUUGAUACCCCGAACAUUGAGGGAAGCCUGCAUGUGUAAGAGUUUCGGCUCCAGUCUCUCCGGACUAGCCCUCCAAUGGUACACUAACCUUCCAAACAACUCAAUAAGCUCAUUCACCCAACUCACCAGCACCUUCAUCGAACAAUUCGCCAGCAGCAAGAAACUCGAGAAGCUAUCAGCUGACCUAUACAAAGUCUACCAGAAAAAGGGGGAGCUACUGAGAAAGUACGUUAGCAUAUUCAAUAAAGAAAAAAUCUUCAUCCCAUCUUGUAAUCCAGAGAUAGCUGUAAAUGCUUUCAGAAAAGGUCUCCUCUCAGAGGGAGAACUAUACAAAGACCUAACAAAGCUUGACUGGACUACAAUGGAAGACACCCUAGCCAGGGCAGUGAUCCAAAUCAAAUUGGAAGAAGAUGAGGCAAACCGGAUAAGGCAUGCCAGAUAUGAUGAUCGUCACCAAAGGCGGAAUGAAAGAAAGCCAGAAUCCAGAACAUUUGAGCCUCGUUAUCAACCCCUUCCCUUCAAUUUGAGUAGAAAAAAAAAACCAUAUGAUCGCCAGUCGACCAGAAUUGAAAAUAGAUCACCCAGAUCAAACCAAUUCAAGAUUCCAGAGUACCACCUCAACAUCGAUGUUAGUGUAUAUUAG